GCCGAGCUGAUGAACGACGAGAGCAUCAUGGACUUUCAGCGCCAGCGAGUGUUGGAAAUCACCGCCAAGAUGGGCAUCCGCAGCACCUUCGGGCAUCUGAUCCGACUGCAGAACGCCAAGGAGUUCCUGCAGGCCGUGGAAGAGGAGCAACACUCCACUGUGAAUGUGCACAUCUUCGAGAACACCAUGCCGGCGUGUCAGCGGCUCAUCCAGUGCCUGGAGGAGCUGGCCAAGAAAAUGCCCACUGUAAAGUUCUGCAAUAUUCUCAGCAUCAACGCAACAGUGAGUCUUAAGUUCCGCAAUGCGGCAACUUUGUGCAUCUGGUGAGCAAGCUGGGCGAUGAGUUCUGCUUGUCAACUUCCGAUAGAGCGCGGAAUCCUAGUUUUUCCAUAAGUGCAAGUGUGUACUUUUGAAUAUUUCCCGCCAUUGUGUUGGAAAAAUUUGGAAUCACUGGAAUUAUAUUGGAAACAU